ACCAAAAUGAUUGUGAUGGUGGUGGUAGCUCACGCAACGAACAGCAUACUUCGGUACACAGUAAGAAAAGAGAGAAGAGGAUUUGUCAUCGCCACACUCCUCAACAAUUCCAGAGACUUGAAGCAAUGUCCUCAUCCGGGGGAAUCACAGCGACACAAGUUAUGCAAAGAGCUGAAUCUCGAGUUGGACCAGAUCAAAUUUUGGUUUCAGAACAAAAGAACUCAAAGCAAAGCUCAAAAUGAAAGAUCUUCUAACAUAUUACUUCGUCGAGAAAACGAUAAGAUCCGCUGUGAGAAUGAAGCAAUGCUAGAGGUUUUAAAGAAUGUGCUGUGUCCAGCUUGUGGCGGUCCUCCUUUUGGUAGAGACGAACGCGAACGCAAUCUCCAAAAAUUGCGCUUGGAAAACGCCCAUGACGAACUCGCCAACUCUGUAUCCAAGAACAAGCACCAAGAAAAAAUGGUGGGCUCAUCCGCUUCUGCUGAGAGACAGCAAAACGUUGAAACUUGCAACUCAUACAGAGCUAAUCCAAGCAAUCUCUUGUUUGAGCCAGCUAGCUCAUUAGGACCACCAACUUCUCAAACCAUCCAAACACAACCACUAUCCGAAAUGGGUGAAUGA